CGGGCCUUUUGGAGGAAGCCGGAAGUGGAGACUCUGAACGAGGUGAAUGAAGAAUGGAGCGCAAUGUGAGCAAAAUCCAGAUAGUUUCUGAACCCAGCAUAAUUUAUUUUCUACAAGUAUCUUGGGAAAAAGAUCUAGGAUCUGGUUUUGACAUAGCUCUUACAGAUGGUCAGUCAGCAUGGAGUGGAACAGUGACUACAUCUGAGAUUUCCAGAGAAGCUGACGACAUGGCAAUGGAAAGAGACAAGUAUGUUGAUGAACUGAAAAAGGCAUUGGUGCUUGGAACAGAACCAGCUAAUAUGUAUAAAUUUGAUUUUUCUAAAGAGAACUGCAAUUUCUCCUAUUCAAGAAGCCUGAAAGAUGUUACUUUUAUACUUGGAUCACUGAACCUGCAGAAGGUCUCAAGCCCAGCUGAAGUCAUCCGAGAACUGAUGAGCUAUUGCCUAAACUGUAUGGCUGACCAGCUUGCCAAGAAUGAACACCUGCAGAGAGAGAAUGAAAUGCUUCAGAGGGACUGGAAUGAUGUCCAAAAGCGUCUUGAAAAGUGUGUGACCGACAAAGAAAAUCUGGAGGCAGACCUUCAUAAGCGUUUUGUGCUGGUGCUGAAUGAGAAGAAAGCAAAGAUUAGAGCCUUACAUAAACUGUUACUACAAGCCCAAAAAUCAAAAAAGGGGACACAAGAGGAAAGGGAAUCUGUAGACAAUGCCCAAAGCCUUAACAAAAGAGAGUCAGCCCAUGAUGAAAGCAGUGAUGAGGAAAGUCUAACUGCUCCCUUUGAAAUGACUUCUGCAGCUGAAAAGCAGUCGGUGGUUCUGGAUGCCUGUGAUGAAACACAGCCUGCUAUAUUAUUUGUCUUCAAUAAAGUUGGGAAACAUAGCCCCACAAUGGCAUCACCAGCCUUGUGGAAUAAAGUCUGCCAAGACAAAGUCCAUUUCAUGUUUCUUUGUUCAGUGCGACCCAAAUACCCUGAGCCUUCAGCACUUCAGUCAUCAAGCAAAGAAUCCAUCUCAUCUGAAAAUUUGUCGCUAGAAACCUUAAAAAACAGCAGUCCAGAAGACCUUUUUGAAGAUAUGUGA